AUGACGGAACAGCUAGCCGAACAUGAACAACUACCGGACAUUUACCAUGAACUCAAGGCAUUCAUCAAGAAUGAGUCUACUGCAUCGUUACUAGCUGGUGGGAUUGCAGGAGCAGUUUCUAGAACUGUUGUAUCACCAUUUGAAAGAGCUAAAAUCUUACUUCAACUACAAGGCCCUGGACAAGGUCACACGUAUCAGGGGAUGUUCCCCACGAUUUUGAAAAUGUAUAGGGAUGAAGGUUGGAGAGGGUUAUUCCGAGGUAAUACACUUAAUUGUAUACGGAUAUUCCCCUACAGUGCCGUUCAAUUUGCAGUGUUUGAAAAAUGUAAGGAGAUUAUGAUUCAACGUCGUCCAAGAGAUAAUCAUCAUCAAUUGUAUUCCACCGAAAGAUUAAUAGCAGGCUCCUUGGGGGGGAUUGUUUCUGUUGCAGUUACAUAUCCAUUGGAUUUGGUAAGAGCUAGAAUCACUGUACAAACGGCAUCACUAUCAAAAUUAGCAAGAGGGAAAUUGAUUGCUCCUCCAAAAGUUUGGGAUACAGUUAAAGAAGUUUACCUUAACGAAGGAGGGUUUUUCGCGUUAUAUAAAGGGAUUGUGCCGACCACUUUAGGAGUGGCUCCUUAUGUGGCUAUUAAUUUUGCAUUAUACGAAAGACUACGAGAAUACAUGGAAGAAUCUCCCAAAGAUUUCCGAAACCCCAUUUGGAAAUUAUCUGCUGGAGCAUUUGCAAGUUUUGUGGGUGGAGUAUUAAUUUAUCCAUUGGACGUAUUAAGAAAGCGAUAUCAAGUUGCCAGUAUGGCUGGAGGAGAAUUGGGAUUUCAAUAUCGUUCGGUAUCACAUGCUUUAGUGUCAAUUUUCACCCAAGAAGGGUUCUUUGGUGCUUAUAAGGGUUUAACAGCCAAUUUAUAUAAAAUUGUUCCUUCUAUGGCUGUGAGUUGGCUUUGUUAUGAUACCUUGAAGGAUUGUAUAGCCCAAUGGUAG